AUGACGGACCUCGAUCUCGACUCGUCAUUCAUCCCCGCAUUGCACAAGCCACCAUCCUUGCUUCCCAUAGCAAAAUACCGCGAGAGCUUGCUCUAUGUCGUUGAGACAUUCCCGGUGAUCAUCGUCAUAGGCCAGACCGGCUCUGGCAAAAGCACACAGAUUCCCCAGUUCCUUGAACGCGCUGGAUGGUGCUCAGAUGGAAAGGUCAUUGGAAUAACGCAGCCACGCCGAGUGGCCGCCACAACGGUUGCUCUACGGGUAGCUGAGGAGGUGGGAUGUGAAGUCGGCCAAGAGGUUGGAUACUCGAUCCGCUUUGAAGAUGUCACCUCGUCCUCCACCCGGAUAAAGUUUCUGACCGAUGCUCUACUUAUCCGGGAAGCACUGACAGAUCCUCUGCUGAGCCGAUAUUCCGUCAUCAUGGUAGACGAGGCUCACGAGCGAUCCAUCAGCACCGAUAUCUUGCUUGGCCUGCUGAAGAAGAUUCGAAGAAAGCGCCCCGAGCUCCGUAUUAUCAUCAGCAGCGCAACGCUUCAGGCUGAAGAAUGUCUUAAAUUCUUCACAGCGGGCUCGGAACAAGAAGUGAAGAAGCAAGAAGAUGGACAGACGCCACAGGAGAUUGCUACCAUUGUUAGCCUCGAGGGACGGACAUAUCCCAUCGAUACGCUAUAUCUCGAGGCUCCAGCAGAAGACUAUGUUGAAAAAGCCGUCAAUACCGUCUUUGACAUUCACACGCAAGAGGGCGAGGGAGAUAUCUUGGUCUUUCUGACAGGCCGCGAAGAGAUUGACAAUGCUAUUCAAGCUGUAGCCGAGAGAGCCACGCAGCUGGAUAGUCAGCAUGGUCCAUUACAGCCAUUGCCGCUAUAUGCCGGACUCUCGACAGAGCAGCAAAUGUUUGUGUUCGAUAAGACGCCUGAAGGAACACGGAAGGUGGUCUUUUCAACAAACAUCGCCGAAGCUUCAGUCACGAUUGACGGCAUAGUCCAUGUCAUUGACUGCGGCUUCGUCAAGUUGCGGGCUUAUAAUCCCAAGACAGGUAUAGAGACAUUGACAACCACACCCAUCUCUAAAGCAUCUGCUUCUCAACGCGCUGGUCGUGCUGGCCGUACCAAAGCUGGAAAAUGCUAUCGGCUCUAUACUGAAGACGUCUACCAAGCAUUACCGGAAACGAACCCUCCAGAGAUACAAAGGUCGAACCUCGCAUCAACCAUUCUUCAGUUGAAAGCUCUGGGUAUCGAUAACGUGGUUAGGUUUGAUUUCCUCUCCGCACCACCGUCAGAACUCAUGUCGAAGGCGCUCGAAUUACUAUACUCGUUGGGAGCUUUGGAUGAGUAUGCAAAGCUAACACAUCCGCUUGGAUCUCGCAUGGCAGAACUGGCAGUCGAACCGAUGAUGGCAAAGACGUUGCUAUCAGCACCGCAGUUCAACUGUCUAAGCGAAAUGCUGACCAUUGCUGCCAUGACAAGCCUGGGAGGAAACAUAUGGUUCUACCACGACGGCGAGCGACACAAGAUGGAGGCUUCACGGCGUAAGUUUGCUGUAGAAGAAGGCGAUCAUCUGACAUUGCUCAACGUCUAUCAAACCUUUAUCACAAAGGGAAAGAAGGAGGCCAAGUUUUGCCAUGAACACAACCUCAAUUACAAGUCCUUGACUCGGGCAGUCAGUAUCCGAGCUCAACUCAAGCGCUAUCUUGAGCGCUUCAACAUCAACGUUGACGAGGCACUAUCAUCCAAACGAGACUCUUCGAAUGUGGAUAACAGCAGCAAGGCAGAGCAAAUCAGACGUUGCCUCACCUCUGGCUACUUUGCACAUACAGCACGCAUGCAGCCGGAUGGGACUUAUCGAAACGUCGAGGGCGGCACCAUCCUACAUGCACAUCCCAAUUCGCUCAUGUUCAAUCGCAAAGCUGACUGGGUCAUUUUCUAUGAAAUCAUGGAAACGGGAGAUAAGACAUAUAUCCGCGACAUUACAAAAAUUGAGAAGAACUGGCUGGUUGAAUAUGCUUCCGAGUUUUAUAAGCUUUCGAAUUCUCGAGGCUAG